UGUUGUUUUGAAACAGUCGCUGUCAAAGCAAAGAAUUUCACGUCCUUCUGCAAGUCGUAAAAUGGCCCACGGUAAAAAGUGAGCCGUUUUUCGGAGCGGUAUUGGCGGAUCUAAGCGAUUAGAAAGGCUAAAGUAAUUCUCCCCCGGGUGGAAGCAAAAAGGAAGCUACCUGUUUCUUGUCUCACGCACAGUGCAAACGGACUAUGGCCAGUUGGAUGGUGCAAGUGGAUCCCGUGCGUUCGCAUUUUCAGCCGUAUUUCGUCCAUAUUAUCAAUCUGUCGCACUCAUCCCUUUCCAAAGUUGUUCGCUACAGUGACCGUGAACUAGCACGAUACCAGCGUGACACUUAUCUCGACGCCACGAUCCCGGCUUGAGCGGACACACUAGGAUUGGUUGGCAUCGCCGUCACUUUUAAGCAUCGCGCAGGAGGAACUACCCGCUAGAAGCACCGCCACCCGUUCGGCCUACGAUGGAUUCGACGUCGAGUGACGCCGGCAAGGAAGAUGACGAUGAGAGUUCGUCCUCCUCCACUACCAGCGGGUCGGAAGCGACCAGCCCGAAGCGCUCCGAGCUGGACGAUUUCCGCGAACAGUGGCAAAAGGAGUUGAAGAAGGAGCAACACGUUGCGAGCGCUGCUACGGUUGCUCCGACUGGCGGUAAUGUGGGGGAUGGGAAGGAUUCGAUCGAGCAGCAAGCCCGCCUCCUGUUCCAGCAGGGCUCGGAACUGGAACGAAGCGGCAAGGUGUUCGAAGCCAUGCGGCUGUACCGCCGGGCGACUCAGCUCGUGCCCGAUAUCGAGUUCCGGGUGUAUGACAAAAAGCACGCCAAAGCGACAACCGCUGCAGCCGAGGUGGACGGGCUGAUGGAGCGCAUGCUGGAGACAAACAUUGACGAGGACGAGGAAAACCUGGAAGGUGUCGAUCUGGGGCUGCGGUUUCAAACGCUGAUGGCUCGGUCGGGAAAGCUGUUCGAGCGGGCGAGUGGUGACCGCAAGCUGAUCGUCACUUCGGCCCACUUUUCCGAUCUGCCCAUGGAGGUCAUCCUGUACAUUCUGCGCUGGGUGGUGUCGAACGAUUUGGACCUGAAAUCGCUCGAGCGGUUUGCGUCGGUCUGUCGCGGUUUCUAUCUGCUUGCGCGAGAUCCCGAAAUAUGGCGUCAUGCCUGCAUGAGGAUUUGGGGCGUUAAUCUGGGUGUGCUGAAGGGAACACCGUUCAGCUCCUGGCGCGAGAUGUACAUCAACAGGCCGCGCAUACUCUUCCACGGGUGUUACAUCAGCCGGACGAGCUACCUGCGGUCGGGGGAGAACAGCUUCCAGGACCAGUUCUAUCGCCCGAUACAGCUGGUAGAAUACUAUCGCUACUUUCGCUUCUUCGCUGAUGGGAAGGUGCUAAUGAUGACGACCGCCGAUGAGCCGCAGCAGUGCGUCGUGCGGCUAAAGCAACGUGUCCCCACACAGAAUGAAAUACUGCGCGGACACUAUCGACUGCAUGACGACAUCGUUAUUGUGGUCAUACAGCGCAACCGUCCAUCGGCGGCCGGACAAAUGCAACGCCCCGGUCGCAAGGCACGUGAUAUUGAGCCGGAAUAUGGACAGCAAACGUUUCUGAUGGAGCUACAGAUUGUGAGCACCGGCAAGCGGCCGUUCAGCCAGCUGCACUGGAAGCAGUACACGAUGGUGCAGCAGCGCAACAAUCAGGAGAAAACGACCCAGUUCGAGCUAACCACAACCAAGUAUCCGCCGCUGUACUUUUCGCGCGUCAAGAGCUACCACCAGGAAUCGGAAGGACCAUUGAAGUAGUUUGCUCGUGCGGCGCGCAAUACAUGCUCUUUGCUUGCGGGAGCCUAAAGAUCGAGCAGAAUACGAUACUUUACCCAGAGAGAGAGACACAGUAGGAGAUGAUUUAUUUUUUGCAUGGUUUUUUUCUCUCCUACCCGUAGGUAAUGAUAGUACGAAAAACAAUCGUGUUAAUUAUAACCCGUUUCGGUGAGUCGUGUGAUGGGCUGAAAUUGUAAGAAGAGAAGCAGUUCUUCGGUGUCGGAAAAGCCUAGCUUAUAUGAAUGUGAAAAGGCUCGAGAAACCAUCUUAAAGGUGAAUAAAUCAGUGUUAUUGAAAUAGUC